GAGCACAAGGGAGACAAGCUGCUAUACUGACCCUGACACUACCCAGAGAAAGGAAAGAAGGGAGAGCUCUUAAGGUCCCUAAGAAAGAAAGCUAAAGAAAGUCAUGUUGAAAGAUCUGCUGCUCUAACGCAGACGUUUCCCAGAGAGCCGGCCAAUGAGGAAAAGUUUGGAAUCAGAAGGAAAGCACUGGACUUAGAAGCAGAGGAUCUGGUUGAAGCUGGACUGUUGCAUUGAUCUUUUUCUCUGGCUGGCAGAGAACAGCCGAGUGGCCUGUGUAACCGAUUGUCAUUACAUUUCCAAUUUUCAUCCUCAUUGGAAAGAUCUGAGGUUCCCCUCCUGACAAGACUCAUGGUCUGUACCUUCAUGGCAGCCCGGACUGCACAGCCCUAGGACUUUGGGUACCUCUUGGAAAGAGCCAUGGAAGUUGUGGAUGAGACGGAGGCUUUACAGCGAUUCUUCGAAGGACAUGAUAUCAAUGGAGCUCUGGAACCAUCAAUUGACACCAGUAUCCUAGAGGAAUACAUCAGCAAGGAGGACUCUCCUGAUAUCUGUUUUGCAGAUAUCCCUCCCUCUUCCGGGUAUGCAAACCCAGGUCAGCCCUGUACUUCUGCUGCAGCCCACUUACCUGCUAUCAUCUCCAACGUUGGCCAUGUCGGAACAUCCAGCUCAGGUGGUGUUCUUCAUAUGGGACAGCAAAUGCCAGUACGGCCUGGUAUGGGUGGCCAAUGUGCAGGCCCACCUUUCCAACAACAUGCUAAUUGCAGUAACAGCAACGCCAUGCUCCAUCCCAAAGGAUACCCUGGCACUGCCAUGUGCAUGAGCGGACCUGGUCUUCCCAUCAAAGCAGAACCUAAAACCAGCUAUGCAGCCAGCACUUUACCUGACUCUCCCCCAGACUCUGGAUCAGAGGCGUACUCCCCCCAGCAGCUUAAUGACCCCCAUCUGCUUCGCACUAUGACCCCAGAAAACCUCUGUCACAUUUCCCAGACUUCCCGCCUGGAGCACCCCCCACCACCUCACCUACAAGGCCAGCCCCCUCCUCACCCCGCUCACCAGCAGCACUAUCCUAGCAUGCAACGGGAACUCUACCUGAAAGUGGAAUCAAUGAUGCCCCAGUACCCUCCCCUUGGACCUGGAAUGCCCCCUGCAGACAUUCACCAUGCACAGCAGUCUCAGAUGCUUCAUCAGCUCCUGCAGCAGCAGCAUAGCUCAGAGCUCCCUGUGCACCCAACAAAGAAGAGGAAACACUCGGACUCUCCGAACUUGAGGGAUCAAGUAUCAAAUGGAGGCAUGGUGAAACAGGAGCCGGGUCUCAUGCAAGACAAUGACAGUCUCAAUGGUUCCUACUUGGAUCCCAACUAUCAGUCCAUAAAAUGGCAGCCGCACCUACAGAAUAAAUGGGUGACCCUGUAUGACAGCAACUGCAAAGAACUCCCAAUGCCUACCUACAAAGUAGAUGCUGAUAAAGGGUUUAACUUCUCGGUCGGAGACGAUGCGUUUGUAUGCCAGAAGAAGAACCACUUUCAAGUCACAGUAUACAUCGGCAUGAUCGGAGAACCCAAAUAUGUCAAAACCCCUGAUGGUAUUUUACCUCUGGAGUGCUUCUUCUUGAAAUUAAAUGGAGUUAAGUUAGAGUCUAUUAACCAGAGCAUCAGUAUUGAGCAGUCGCAGUCGGACCGAAGCAAACGUCCGUUCCACCCUGUUACACAUUGUAUUUCUAGGCUUACUCUUCCUCCAGACCAGGUUACUAAAGUGACAGUGGGGCGACUCCAUUUCAGUGAGACUACAGCAAAUAACAUGAGGAAGAAAGGAAAACCCAAUCCAGACCAGAGGUAUUUUCUCCUAGUUGUGGCUCUCCAAGUCCAGGCUCAGAACCAGACCUAUCUGGUGGCGGCACACUCCUCUGAACGCAUCAUUGUCCGGGCCUCAAAUCCUGGACAGUUUGAGAGUGACAGUGAAGUGCUCUGGCAGAGGGGGCAGCUUCCAGAUACCGUCUUCCACCAUGGACGCAUUGGCAUCAACACAGAAAGACCAGAUGAAGCUCUUGUGGUACAUGGAAAUGUCAAAAUUAUGGGCUCACUAAUGCACCCCUCUGACAUUCGAGCAAAGGAGGACAUUGAAGAGGUUGAUACCACUGAACAGUUAAAACGGAUCUCCCAGAUGCGUCUUGUUCAUUAUCAUUAUAAGCCAGAAUUUGCUAGCACAGUGGGGCUUGAUGAUGACAAAGAAGAAACAGGAGUGAUUGCUCAGGAAGUGCAGGAGAUCCUUCCAGAGGCAGUAAAAGAGACCGGGGACGUUGUGUGUGCCAAUGGUGAAACAAUUGAGAACUUCUUAGUAGUGAACAAGGAGAGAAUCUUCAUGGAGAAUGUAGGGGCCGUCAAGGAGCUCUGUAAGCUAACAGACAACUUAGAGACUCGUAUUGACGAAUUGGAGAGGUGGAGCCGCAAGUUGGCCAAACUCAGGCGACUUGACAGUAUGAAGAGUAGUAACAGUCACACGGGAAGUCAGUUCAGCCGUGCAGGAAGUCUUCCUUUUAAACAACGUCCUUCCAAAAUCAUGGGCAAGCCGGCACCUCCCUCUUCUGAUCGGAGCUGUGUCAGCCAACGAUUCCUCCAAGCAACCAUCAUCGCCUUAGUCAUUAUCAUGGCUUUCAGUGUUAUCUCCAUGACAACGCUAUAUGUUUUGAAUUUACGCAGCGAGGAUGAUCUGUUAGAUUUGGAUAGUGUUUUCACUCCACCUGGUACCUGCACUCUGACUUUCUUCCGAAAGAUCCGUCUCACUCUUCCUUUCGCUGUAUGUGCACGCUCAAGUCAAAACUUUGAUACCACACAGCUGAGAGGUUCCACCACCCCACCUAUCAACGGCACAAAAAGUACAGAAGAUUGGCUACAUAAUCAGAAUCCUUCCAUCACAAUAAACCUUUGUCUCAAUCCACCGUGUCAAGCUAUCUGCUGCUCCAGUCCUCCUGGUGUCUCUACUUUUCCUGCUGUCACACAUGGGAAAACAGCUUCUCGUCCUGAGAGCUCAGUAACAGACAAUGCUUCAUCGGUCACCAUCAGAAAGGCAAAAUCCCGGGUCUUAGAUAAGAGCCGCAACUCUUUACAAACUCCAGCUCGCCCUGUAAGUCCCCCACCCCAAUACACUCAGAGCAAAACUAAACACAACCCCAACAGCCUGCCUGGCCAAGACCUCCGCAAUAAGAGAAGUGUGGCGGGAGAGGCCAUGGUCACCACUACUGCUGACGUCACAAAAGCAAAUGAUUCCCGUACCGCAGCUUCUUCUAUUCGCCUCCUAGAGACCGACACCCUCAUUGCAGAUCACCUUUGUUCCUCUCAAAACACCUGCAGUGCAGGCAAUUACACGUAUUCACUCCCUCUCAGCAAGUACAGCUCACUGUCAGGCAGAAUGACACUGGAAGUCAACUCCACAUUCCCCGUGUCAGUGAACCUCUGCGAAUCAUCAGCGGGUAAGAACUGUGCGACAUCCGUAACCAGUUCUGCUUCAGAAGAUCAGAGCUGCGCCCAGGUUUCAGGUGUUUGCGCUGUACCUGCCCCAUCAUCGUACAAUUUAUGGUCACUCCAGGUGUAUCCAUCCCAGGACUUCUCCUUCCACCUGCGAGUAUCCCCAGCGGAGGCAUCAGGAUGCUAUGAUUUUACAGUGGAUAUUUCACAAGUUACAGACUAUUAUUUCAAUUUCUACCGACUCUGCGACUGAUACAUUUGCCAAACAGCUGGAAAACCCAUAUAGAUCUCCCUCCUUGUACCGGACUCAGAAAAUGUGUCACUUGCCCCCCAGACUGCAGGCAGCCACGGGGUCAGCCCCACCCGUCACUGGAUGUACAACACUGGACCAAACCAAGCAGCACUGGAACCCUUCUGGGACCAACUGGAUAACAGAGAGCAUUCACACUGGAGACACAGGGAACCCUACCCCAAACAAGACACAUGGGAUUUCCCUAGUCCAAUAAAGGGGAAUGAAUGGGUGUAGCUUCUCCCCCAGUUAAUGAUUUUUUUUUUUUUUUUUCUAUGUGUUUAAUAUUGUGAUUCUGUUACAACCCUUCUACAUAUUCCCGACUCUUCCCCUUAAUCAGUUACCAGGAAAGAACCAACUCCCCGUUUCAAGGAACCCCUUCGUAGGUCUCUGUUAACAAGCAAUCUGAACUGAUAGAUGCUGCAACUAAGGGGUUGGAGAAGCUAUUUCAAGUUACUGAAAUUUUUGAACAGUUUGUGUUUUGUUGUAUUUUAUGUUAUUUUUUUUCUUGUCUUGUGUUUUGUAUUUAAUUCUCUAACCAGAAAAGUGCACUUAUUCUCAACUUGGCAGUAAGGACCAAAAUCUAGCCUUGUAAAAGGGGCAACUGAAAGUGCCUGGAAAAGAGGCAACACCUCAAAGACUCUGUGAGCGCUUGGUGUGCCAAUGCCAUGCAAGAAAGAAUAUAAAAUGAAUUGAUGACUUUAAAGGACCAAAAAAAAACUGGACCACUGAAGAUGUCUUUCUGGAUUUCUGCUCUUAAUUUUUAAAAUCUUGUAAAUAAAAGGCUUUCCUACAGUAAUUGAAAUACACUAAUCGCAUUGCAUCACUUUAACCCUUUCACUACAUCCUGGUACCUGUCCUACAGUACUGAAAGGGUUAAAUUAUCUUAUUCUGGACCAGUGAGCUCAAAGCAUUUUUAAUAUUUUUUUUUUUUUAAUUUCGGAUUUGUAUUUAUAUUUCCAUGCUACAACUGCACUGCUCUACCCUUACUUGUACCCUGUUAUCUGGGUCUGAUAAAUCCUGUCUGCAUAUGAAAACCCACAAUAUAAAUAAUCCUUUGUACUCAGA